AUGGGAUCCGAGGAGUCCAGUCCGCCAUCAAAUUCACUUGCAACCAAAGAUUGUCGCGUUUGCAACCGGAGGCGCAUCCGGUGCGACCGUACACUGCCAUUUUGUAACAAAUGCGCCCGGAAAGGCGUUGAAUGUCCGGGAUUCGGACCCAAAUUUCGAUGGACCAACGCCAUUGCCGUGCGUGGUCGUUUCAAAGGCCGCGGUGCACCUAUUGUGUCACCGCAUGUUCGAGUCCGGGAAGAAGAGCCCAGCUCUCUGCGGAGGGCUGGUGAAGAAGACACGCCUAGUCCAAGCUAUCAGCUAGGCCUUGCUUUGGCGCAACAGUUGUCUCCCUCCACUGCAAAACAUCUGUUACAGUAUUAUGCGGACAAUAUUGCGCCACUGAUGGUCUGGCUGGACUCGGACCAGAAUGAGUAUAAGCGCUUGGUCAUUCCGUUGGCGGAGAAGGAUACUGUCCUCCGUCUUGCAGUCCUUGCUAUCUCCGCCGCCCAUAUGCCAGACGGCGACGGCCUUGCACCUGGCUUUUCUCAUGCCACGGGUGAAGCUGCCAUCCACAUGAUCACCGAGCGGGUACGCCACGUGACCCAACGCAACCUGGAGGACCCAGAAACGGACGUUGGAGGGGGAAUUGCCGCGGAGAUCCUAGCUGCCAUGCUCAUCCUCUCAAAUCACUGUCUGUUGCAAUCAGCAUCAGCUCAAGCCCAUUUUCACAGGCGGGCGGCUCGAAUCCUCAUACGCUCAUUAGAGUUGAAACAGCCUUCUGGGGACGAGCUCACUUUCUUUCUCAAAAACCAAAUGGCCAUUUAUGACGUCCUGGCAUGUACAACAUUGUUCAACUACGACCAUAUUCAGCACGCCAUCCUUCCCAGUAUGGAGCGACAAGAUGUCCUUUUUGGGGACUUCCUCCACCUCCUACACCGCGUCACGCUUAUGUCCCUGGACAAAAGCAAGCCAGCGAGGCCGCCUGAAAAUCUUGAAGAGGAGUUCGAGCUGUCGAGUGGUUCGACACUCGUGGCUUCGGGACCGCUCGCACAGACGUUGACCAGGUCAGCCAGACAAGACUUCAUAAGACUCGUUCUAGCAUAUCAGUAUGCAGGGAUGCUUUUCGCAUGCAAGCGCCUCAGCAUGUCUCUGGAAAACGGGCAGAUUGUGGACGUGUACACCAACAAACUCUUCAGAGUGUUUGACCAGUUUGAAGACAUAAGCGCCUCGUUGCACAAUCUGGCGUGGCCCCUCCUCAUCGCCGGAAUUUGUUGCUGCGGAGAUGAACAACGUAUGAAUAUCAUCAGUAGCUUCUGCCAGAGGCUGUCUGCAAACACGCGGUUCGAGCACUACGCCGAGCUUUUGACCUUUCUGCAAGAGCUCUGGCAGAGCGGGCAUUCUGAUUGGACCUUGCUUGCCCGUGAAUGGGAGCGGAAAGGCACGCCGGUGAUAGCGGUGUGA